AUGAAAAUCAAAGACAAACAGCCCGAGGCAAUCCCACACAGUCGCUUUCUGGACCUCCCUGUGGAAGUACGGCAAACGAUCCUCACCUAUGUGCUGCAACCGCUAGAACGGUACAUCUACCUGAGUCCGAAACAGUCCUGGGUCGAACUAGACCGAGCAAAGACGCUGGCAUGUCCAUCCAUCCUGCUGGUGUGCCGACAGAUCCACGCCGAAGCCGUGCGACUCAUGUACCUGCGGGCCAAAGUGGUCCUCUAUGCCCAGCCCGGAUGCCUGACACGGCCAUCACGGCUGCCGCACCGCAAGCUGGUGCGCCGACUCGAAAUCGGCAUCCCAAUGGCAGAACAGACAACAUCCAGCCUCACGCCUGAGCGUCGCUUGAAAGCCAAGAUCUAUCUUCCCCUCGCUCCAGAUCGGCUGCUGUCUCGACUUUUGUCGAUAUUUCCGCAGGCGCGCGAUAUUUCGCUCACGCUCUGCGCCAUCCCUCCUCGCGCGGUGCCGCACAUGUCGUCGCUUUCGGGAGCUGCCGUUUGCGACCUGCGAGCCCUGCUUCUGCAUCCACUCCUGAGCGACAACAUUACCCGGAUUCGGUACCAGUUGACGCAAAAACUGUCGUACGAGCUGUUUGACUUGGCACACGAGGAUACUUGCAUCUGUUGA